UGCCUUGCCUUCCUGCGUCUCUGCGCCCCUUUAUGCGGCCGCACCAAAGCUUGUGAUCUCUUCGCUCCGUCGCUCUCUUCCUUUCGCUCUCGUUUCAAGCUUGAUACCCGCGAAACCGGCCCCCGCUCCUACGUCGUGGCUUCCUACGGAGUCGGACGCCGGAGAAAUUCCCCCUGGUGAGUUGAUUCGACCGAGGACUCUGGGACGUUUGAGCUCCAGUUCUGUUUUCCGUCUACUUCCGACGAUUUACCUUCUUGGUUAAGAUUCCAUUCGGAGUUUGGUGAGACGUACUGAUAGCUUGAGAUGCAUAAUUGUGCUUUGUUUCGCGUCUUGUUUUCUCCUUCGUGCGAUGUGCUCUGUAGCUUAUUUCUGCUCCAACGAAGAUCUGACACGAAAGAUGAGAGAUAGUUAAAUCGAAGAGAGGAGAGGGAAUGAGAAUGUUGCUGAACACCGAUCAAAGAUGAACUAGCCAAGUUGUUCUUCGUGCACUACUCUUUAGAUCCCACACGAAUUGCAAUAAGAGAAGAGAGCAGCAAGUAAUAUUCAGUGGAAGAGAUGCAAGGUUGCGGUUUUCAUAUAGCCAGAAGCAACAAACUACCUCUUGCACUUCUUGCUCUAAUUUGUGUGUCCCUUUUUCUUUGCCCAUGGGAGAAAGCACCACUUAUGUCUUCUCUACUCCCAUCAUUCGAACAAUUUAGUAUUCUUACUCCAGUAACAGAUGUUCCUACCAGAACUUCCUCUUCCGCAGAUAAAAAAUCAUCACGCGACAGCAUUGGAAGUUCAUCAUCAAAGGAAAUGGAGCAUGUCCCCAUCUUUCUCGCAAAUGACUCUUUGGCAUCCGAUUCAGCACUGAAAGAGGCAAAUGUGGAAGAGUGUAAUUUUGCCAAGGGAAGAUGGGUCGCAGAUUCGACAAGACCUUUGUACUCGGGUUCAGCUUGCAAGCAAUGGCUGUCACCAAUGUGGGCAUGCAGGUUAAUGAAACGCCCUGAUUUCUCAUACGAAGGAUUUCGGUGGCAGCCACAAGGUUGCAAAGUGCCAGAAUUUUCAAGGAGUAGCUUUUUGAGUAGAAUGCAUAAUAAGACAAUUGCCUUAAUUGGGGAUUCUUUGGGAAGGCAGCAAUUCCAAUCCCUCAUGUGCAUGGUCACCGGAGGAGAGUUGAGCCCAGAGGUGGAAGAUGUUGGCAUUGAUUACGGCCUCGUCAAAGCGCCCGGUGCCUUAAGACCUGAUGGCUGGGUGUAUCGAUUUCCAAGUACCAAUACGACCAUUCUGUUCUAUUGGUCCGCCAGCUUAUGUGAAUUGGAGCCUCUGAACACCUCAGGCCCAUCCACACAUUACGCGCUGCAUCUUGAUCGACCGGUGACAUUCUUGAAGCAGCAUCUUCCCAGGUUUGACGUGCUGGUACUUAACACCGGGCACCACUGGAACAGAGACAAGUUCAGGGGAAACCAGUGGGAGUUGUAUGCCGGAGGGAAGCCCGUUGUGGACGGAGAGGAGCUUGCGGACCUGAGGAAUGCAAAAAAUUUCACUCUGCACAGCAUAGCUAGGUGGGUUGAUUUGCAGAUUAAGCGACGUCCACAGCUCAAAGCCUUUCUCAGGACAAUUUCUCCCCGCCAUUUUGUGAAUGGAGACUGGAACACCGGGGGAAGCUGCAACAACACUGUUCCAUUAGCUGGAGGAAGUGAGGUAUCGCAGGAUGGUUCGACCGAUCCCAUUCCUGAGGCUGCAGUGAAAGGCACACGGGUGAAGCUCCUGGAUAUCACUUCACUGUCGCAACUGAGGGACGAGGGCCACGUCUCCAAGUACACCGUCAAAGCGAUACUGGGCGUGCAUGAUUGUUUGCAUUGGUGCCUUCCUGGUAUACCAGAUGCAUGGAAUGAGAUACUCUGUGCUCAACUUUGAAAGCCUUUAUUUAGGAUUUUUUUUUUUUCUUCUUUCUUUCUUAUAUUCUAGGGAGAUUUAACUGCUUAGGUAGUGAGGUUUUUGAACCUUCAUCUGUUUAUAGAACCUUCUUUUUCUCCUUUUUUUUUUUCUCAUUACUAUUGGGAUUCGGUGUCUAUUGGUUGGCUUCUAGCUUUGUUGGCUAGAUAAGAGAAAUUUGUAUCUAGGAUUUUGGAUAUAAUCAAUGAAAUAAAAAUUGUAUCUAGGAUUUUGGAUAUAAUCAAUGAAAUAAAAAUUUGUUUA